AAGCGAAAAAAAGGCCGGCCGUCGCGUUCGUUGGAGUCCCUUCACCCAAUUUCAAAACCCACCCUCUCCCCCCACCCUCCGCUCCACUCCCCACCUCAUCCGAUGGCCACCGCCGCCGUCGACCCGGGAGAAUCGACGCCGGCCACCGCCGCGACGCCGCGCGCCGGCCCCGCUCGGCCGGAUCCCGCGCGCCGCCCUCCCGUCACCCCGCGCGAGCUAGGGUUUACGCCGUUCCGCGACCCCCCUCCCCCUCCUCCUCAAGAAGAAGAGGGGGCGCUGCCGAACUCGCCGGAGGGGAAAAUUCAGGCGCCUGAGUGCAAACCUCUUGCCGGAUCUCAAGCUGUUGCACAAACCGAGGGCGUGAGGACACCUGCAAGUUUGGUUAAGAGCACCCAUGAAGCUUUGGGGCAAGAAGCAUUCACUGAUGAACAGCAUGAGCAGUUGGAUGCACAGAUACUAGUCAAUGCAGAUCUUAGCCAGGGAAAGCCACUAGCAAAGGCCGCCGUACGCCCCGCACGCGACUCUCCUCCUCUAGAGGGAGCACUGCCAAAUUCACCAGAGGAGGUUCAGACCCCUGAGUGCAAACCUUAUGCCAGAUCUCAAGCUCUUCCAGAAACUGUGGUAACCCCUCCCCUCCCAUCUCUGUAUGCAUGCACAGAUCAUGUGCAUCCAGCUGUGUUUACUCAUGCUUCACUUCCCUCCCACAUGCAUGUGAGGACACCUGUAAGUUGGGUUAAGAGCACCCGUGAAGCUUUGACGCAUAAAGCAUUCGCCUGUGAACUCCAUGCACAGCUGGAUGCACAGAUACUAGUCAAUCCAGAUCUUAGCCAGGGAAAACCACUAGCAAAGUCCGCCCUACGCCCCGUGCGCAACCCUCCUCUAGAACGAGCACUGACAAAUUCAUCAGAGGAGAUUCAGACUCCUGAAUGGAAACCUUAUGCCGGAUCUCAAGCUGUUCCAGAUACAGAGGGUGUGAGGACACCUGGAAGUUCGCUUAAGAACACCUGUGAAGCUUUGGCGCAUGAAGCAUUCACCGAUGAACAGCAUGCGCAGUUGUAUGCACAUAUAUUAAUAACUGCGGAUCUUAAACAGGGAAAACCACCAUCAAAGGCAGCCAUGCUUCUGGCCUUUGGACAACCUGUGGAGGGUCAGAAACAUGCAUGGGAGGAGGUUUGGCGUGCUGCUGUUGACAGAUACCAGAACCAAAUGUCACCACUGGGCUUUGAGACACCUUUUAGUUCCCAGAAUGGCCCGUUAGAACCAUCUCCUAACAGCAUGAGGAAUCUUGAGGAGUUUGAGCUGAAGGAGGCGCAUUCAGAGCUCGAUGAUGCACAGACUAGCAAAUGGCAGAACCAGAAGUCACCAGUGACUGGCUUUGAGACACCCAUCAAGUCUGUGAUAGGUAAUUGCACAGCUCAAGGUUUGGAUGUUCAGAAUGGUGGAGAGAUUCAGCAGUCAGUCAUUUGUGCUGACAAAGUUGAUCAAGAGCCACCUGAUGACAGAAAGAUAAUGGAUACAAUCUAUGGUGGGCUAGAGUCUGUUUGUGGCAGCACUCCCUUGGAAAGUUCAGAAAGCUCGACGGAACAGGACUCAUGUGUGAAAUGCGGUAAAGAUGGGCAGUUGCUGAAAUGUUCCAGCUGCUUCUUAGCCGCCCAUGCUACCUGUUUUGGUUCAUCGGUGACAUUCGAUGACUCUGGCCAUUUUGAUUGCCCUGUUUGCUAUUGCCGUAAAGCCGCUAAAGCAUUGGAAAAGGCUAAGAAAACAUACUCUGAAGCUAGAAAAAAAUUAUCUGUUUUCUGCAGCGGCUGGAAGCAAUUUUCUAAGGAACACAGUGAGCUGAUGAAUGGCUUUCACACAGCUAAAAAGCAAGGUAACCAUCAGUCUGAAGCAGCUGAGCUAUGUCGCAAGGAUGGAGAGCCUAGUCAUCUGAAAGAAAAUGGUACAAGUGAUGCUUGUCCUGAGAAUGCAGUCACCACAAAGACAACCAUUUUUUCGAGUUCUGAGAAUGCAAAAUCCCAUGGAGACAGCAAUAGCAAUUUGUCUCAUGAAGUGCCAUAUUCAGCUCGGGAUAGAUCCAGUUCUGUUGCAAAUCGCAACAUUGGGGUUGGCAAAGAGAAUUGUCUAAUGAAUUCUCCCAAUUGCAAUUUUCCUGAUAGACUAGGAGCUAUAUCUUCGCGAAACAUAAGCCGCCGCAAAGUAAGCUUUCAAGAAAUGGGGACAGUGGCACCAAAUAGUACUUGGAAAACAUUGAGGUACCAAGAUCAGUUUGUGCAUUCUCCAGCAAGGAAAAGAUAUUAUCCAUACCCACCCGAGCAUUACUACAGUCCCCACACACCAGCUAUGAGGAGUCCCCUGGCGCCAAGUAAAACGCCUUUUACAGGUAAAACACCUUUCACAUCGACAACCGCGAGGCGCAAGAUGAUCUUCUGGACCGAGGCAGAGGAGGUGGCUCUGAGGGAGGCGGUGGCGAAGUUCGCCCCGAAGGGGGAGGCUGCGAAGGAGAAGAGGUCGAUCUCAUGGGUGCGCAUACACGAGUAUUGCAGGGAGUCGAUCCACCCCACCCGCUGCCCGGACGACCUGCGGAAGAAGUGGAACCGCAUGAAGAACAAGCUGGGUGGGUGUCCUGAAGACGGCAGCGUAGGAGGAGACGGCUGCUUCUGAAACACCCCUCCUCAUCUUGCUGUUGUAGGUGGAAGGGAAGAGAAGCGGCCGCGCCCUCGGCGCUCUACCGGCGAAACGUCUCUGCCCUAGAGGCCUGUUUCGCCCUCUGUUGUAUAUGUGGCGCGGCGGCGAUUGUCUGUCUAUAUUUAUGGGGAGUCCAGUGACUCCUCCGAUAUGUGAACCAACAAUGUAUGCAUAUGGUGGCUGGGGAGAGAGGUUUCUGUGAGAUGGAUGUGCAAGGAUGAUGAUUAUGAUGAUGAUGGCAGUUGGUAGGGAGGGGAGCUGCACAGCCACCAUGUGUUGAUGAACUGUAUGAUGGAAGACUUGUGGUCUCAGCUAAUUAAUCUUGCACCAGGAUGGAUUUCCAUGCCUGACUGACUCACAAAAAAUGUUGUUUCCAGCGGCUGUGCUGUGCUGUGCUGGGACUGUUAUAUUGAUGUCUAAUGUUAAUGGACAAUUUGUUGUUCUUCUCCCUUA